AGAGAACAAGAAGAUCACAGUGCAUCGAAUCCGUUUUCACCAUAUCGUUACUCGCAUCACGAAUGAAAAUCGAUCUCACGACAAUGGCAUGAACCGCCAUCAAAAAAAGCUUCAUCGAGUUGGGCAUGGUCCUCUGAAAAAUCGGAAUCAAUAGUUCGGUGUAAUGAAGCUAGGUUGAUUUUCCAAAGGAACAUGAAGUGCAUUCGUGCACCGUUGAGUUUCCCUCAGCCUCGUCUUCGAUUGGAAUACCUAAAAUGUUCAUGUUCGGUUUCCGCCAAGACCAACCAGCCAUUCCUCGAUUGUCUUUAUCACUUGAUUAUAAACAUUCACAGCUCGCUCAUACUGCUCGCCCCAUGCAUACACCUUCGCCACUUCAUGUUGGGAUAAUACCAAUUACAGGCCCCACUUUUGAGACACUCGCUCGUACUUUUGUUGGUAGCUGUACCCUGCUUCUAUUUCGUCGCGUUUUUGUUAUUUUUGUCCCCCCGUCGCAUUAUCUAUAUCUUCUCGUUUAGUUACUAGACAAGUUCAGAUACUUCUAAGAUUGAUAUUUCACUAGUAGUUGGCACACAGUAGACAAAGAUUGACUCAUGCCCUUCGUCUCAUCUAUAUCGCUGCACCAGGCGCAGAAGAACAAGCAAACAACUGAGACACUAAGACAUAGUGCAAUGUUUAGUUGAGGGGUCGAGGGGUAGUAGAUGUAUCGUACAUAGGAACGUACAUGUCACGGGCUUGCUUAGUACUUUAGUUCUCGUGCACGCUAGUCCUAGUUGGUUUGUUCAUAAGCGUCAUUGGAUUUGAUUCUCUGACUCAGACUCAAACAUCGCGAAAUCUUCCCAGAAGUGUGGACAAUCAUGUGCAUAAUUUGAGGAUCCGUAAUAAAGCUACUGUAGAACUAGUGACUCUGAAGGUAGACAAUCCUUCGAUAGUGCUAUCUGUAGUUUUCUUUGUCUAACAAGUACAAGACUAGCGAUUUAUGCUCUACUCUACUGGGAGGUCUAGGAAUGGUAGAUAGAGCAGCUUUGAUUCCUGGUGUGCAUGAUAGAUAUCUGAUAUCAUUCUUCGACCCAUAUCUAGAGCGACCUCCUCAACUUGUGUUGAAACAACUACAUAAUUCUUUGAAAAAGUGUAAGUGUGUAGAUGUACGGCUGGAAGUGCUCUACAACCACCUAUAACGACCCUCAGUCUCGUGCUAGUCCCCGAAACACGGGCUCGAAUACCUAAGCAGUAAGUAACCUACUUAGAACUAGAAUUUUUAGCCUACUUACAUGCGUUGAGUCUUAAAGCAAGCAGUAGAAGAAGAUCUGCUUAGAUUCCGUUCGAAUUAUCGCUAGGCACCACCGCAUUCCCCGACACGACCACUUGCCUCGAGACGAACACAACAAGUUCGCGUUCUUCACUGGAUUUGCGCACCUGGUGGCCCACUACAACUACAGCAACUACCCCAUCCUACCUCGCAAGAAGGAAGAACAUACCGCCCAUCACAAAAAUGGACCAGCUUUUAGGAAAUGCGGGACAAGAGGAGACAGAUCCAGCUCUCCUCGUGUCAGAAAAUGUCCUGUUUCAGGUCACUUUCACGAGGUACAAACUUGGCAGUCCAGUCCUCUACAUGAUGAAAUGCGAAGUUCUUCGAAGACUGCCACCACUCGUAGGACCAGAUGGAUCGAUGCAUGAAGGGAAAUCGGUAUUUGGAAUAUUUAUAUAUGCAACUACUAGCUAGUACUAGUACUAGUAGCGUGCUCCGGUGAUGUUAGUACUUCUACGUACUUAAUAUGAUCCAUUUAUUGCACUGUCGCUGUGAGCAGUGAGCAUGGUCCUCUCUCAACAUCAUACGUGAAGCCCAUUUCGAUUUUCCACUCCAUACGAGGUCCCUCUGGCAUUGUGGACGAUAAAGAAGCGGUAUAGCGACAUGGCGGACAUGAGUAAGGCAAUCGAGACGAAGUAUUCGCCACAUAUGGAGAGUGUACCGAAGUUUCCGCCCAAAGUCUGGAGCAAUGCUAUGGCUGAUGAAGAAGACAAAUACUUUCUUGUAGUCCUUGUGCUUGUCAGGUUUCGCUUUCGUUUCGAAGGCAUCUACUCCUAGAAUUUCUUGUUUGCGUCCUCUCAAUGCUUUAGGUGUACAUGUAUCGUUUACGUUUUCAAGCACUCAGCUCUUCGCCUAGUAAGCUUAUUUUCGUCCUCCCAUAUGACCUACCUUCGAUCUCUAUCUAAUCCAACGUUGUUCAAUACCGAAGAGCAAGUGCAAAACCGGUUGCGACUUUUGCAGACAUAUUUUGACAAGCUACUGCUUUACCCGAACGUCCGCGCUUCACCGGAACUAGCGACACUGCUAGAGAUGGAUAGACCAGGGACGGAAUCGCUGCCGCACUUUCGCGUGUGCAGUUUCGGAAUUCAUCAGGCAGAUCAGGUACACGAAACGACGACUAACAUUACAUACAAUUUUGUUCAUGUUCCUCAUCCUCUAGAGCCCUACAACUUAGUAUUCGUAGUUCUUCUUGAUAUGACGGAAAUCAAGGGAAAUUUUCUUCCACUAUCUACAUUUAUAGUUUGAUCAUUUCUUUCACGACGCUCAGGUCUUCGCCGUCUGCGAGAUAGGUCCUCCGCACGCCAGGCAAGAAGUGAAAAAGAGGGAAACGCAGGGUCGUCCAGCUCUUUUCUAUCAUGUUGGCAUCCGAUUGGUCAGGCAGAUCGGCUUUUCUUCCGAAAACCUCGCCUUUUUGCGUGAAGAUCGACUCGAAAAUAGUGGAAAGAACAUGCGCUUCAAUCUGGUAUUAGGGAAACCAGCAGAGAGCUACGACCUCACGAUAAGUUGUAGCAACUAUCAAGGGCGGACUGAAGAAGAUCUGAGGAUACGACUGUUGGCGCCGAGUCUGGAGGAUAUUCUAGCAGAAGCAGGAAAUAAUCCGGAUCAAGUCGAUCAAUUACUCAAACGUAUAUGCACACAUUGUGUGCAUGACGUUACGAAGAAUCCUGAAAGUGCUAUGGAAUCCAUCCGAUCUGGUCGGGGUUUAGCAGGCCUCAAACAAGAUGGAGGCUCAACAUCUUCUAGUAGUCGGCAACCGCCGCGCCUGCCAUCUGAUGGAAAUUCUCGAGAUGACAACAACAGUGGUCGUCCUCGAGGGUCAUCUGGCUCUUCCAGUAGAAGUCAAAUUGUCGAAAGAGAAAGAUCAAGGAAUGACCAUGAGACGAGGAAUGGUGGAAAUGGACUGGACCAGCUGCAGCAGAAUUUACUGGGAGCAUUCGACAACGCGAGUAGUGCGCCGUCAAGAGCGAGUAGAACCCACCAAUCACGUGUAGACGUAGUAGACGACGAUGAAGACCUGAUAUCGAAUGGAGAAGGGGGGGUACCUACUUACUCUAUUUUUUUUUGCGAAACGCAAACGAUUAUGUAAGCUUCUAAUUCGCGUCUAGACGAGGACCUUUUCUCUGUAGUUGUAGUGAAUCAAGAAUGAAAAAUAAUGUCUAGGCCCUGCGGCGCUCAAAGCACUAAGUAAAACAACCGGUUAGUUUUCACCUUGAUCACAAACGUAGACUUAUCCCGUGCAACAAUAAUGUCAUCUGUCACCAAUCAACAUCAUUCAUCUGUAUCCUUUUACAGUACUAGAUCGCUUUCCGAAGAAACCACACCAAAACUGAUCUUCUACACAGAUGAAUACUGGCAAAUCCGAUAGGGGACGCCUUGACAGCUACGCCUCUUCGUCCUACAGGGGCUUCGGGAAUCCGAGACUGAGCAGUAACAACGCGGGGUUCAACAGUGCCUACAGCUAUAGCGAUAGCGACGGAUAGAAGUGCUGAGCAGCUCACUUAGUCAUGUUGCAAGACGGUGCUGAGACACUACAAGUAGCCCUUGUUUUUUCUCUCCGACUUAGAGGCUGUUUUCCCUGCCUCUUCCUGAAGAAAGUUUCACCUUCAACGCAGAAGGUUAGAGACUGUUUUACCUUCUCUUCCUGUGAAACUACCUUCAAACGACACGAAGACUUUUGUGACUUGGUGAAGCACAGCACACAUUGACUUUUUCACUACAAGACACUCAGAACAACACAAAGAGAUAAUCUAACACGACUUCACACGGAUUUUACAAUCCUUAUACCUAGUAAUCUCUUAAUAUGGUCAAAGUCAAACACAGACUAUUAACACAGUCUGAAACUCUGACGAUGACACACGCUUUCCAAUUCCAACGAAGUCCUAAUUACACACAAACAUCAACACCAAAAACAUUGCCGCAAGCAGAGGAAUGCUCUGACUCGGCAUAGCUGAGUGGUUACGCACAUUGACAUGCUUGAGUUGCUUGACAUUUCCUGUCAUGUGAUAGAUGACAAACACGAC